AUGAACUUAGAAGACUUUGAAGUAAUAGAUAAAGACGGAAAUUUUACAGAAGUAGAUUUUAAGAUUGAGCAACCUACUAAAGAGAAUGAAGAGCCACUUGAUCAAAGAAGAAGAAUUAUAAAUGAAAUAUAUGAUACUGAAGAAUCAUAUGUACAAGGAUUAAAAUUAUGUAUCAAAUAUUAUUAUGAACCAUUAAAUGAAAAUAAAGGUAUUAUUCCAAAAAAUAAAUUGGAUGUUAUUUUCCUUCAUUUUCCAGAUGUUCAAUCUAUGAAUUCUUCAUUUUUUGAACAAUUAAAAGAACAAAAAGAAAAAGGAAAAUUAUAUGAUUGUAUUGGUUCAAUAUUUGUUGAAUUUAGUCAUUUUUUUAAGGUUUAUAAAUUAAUCGUUGGAAAUUCUGAAGCUGUUUUAGCAGUUUUAAAAGAUGUAUGUAGUUCUCCUCAUGUAAGUAGAUAUUUAGAACAACAAAGACUUCGUAUUAAUGCUAAGGUUCAAUUAGAUCUUCGUUCAUAUUUAAUUACACCAGUACAAAGAUUACCUCGAUAUAAUCUUUUAUUAAAUGAAUUAUUAAAACACACCCCAACAGACCAUCCUGAUUAUAACAAUAUAGUUAGUGCAUUAAUUUUUUUAAAAGAAUGUACUCAAUAUGCUAAUGACAGUGUUAAAGAAAGAGAAAGAAGAGAUAAAUUAAUAACAAUUGCUAAAACAUGUGAAGGUGCAACAGCUGAAUCAAUUGUAAAACCUGGAAGAUCAUUUGUUAAAUCAGGAGAAGUAUUAGAAAUAGGAAAGAAAAUUAAUAAGCCAAGAUUUAUUUAUUUAUUUAAUGAUAUGUUAAUGUAUGGUAUUGGAGAUGAAAGAAAAUUAAGUGUUAUUGGAAUGUAUAAUAUUGAAAGUAUUAUGAUUAAAGAUAUUAAAGAUUCUCCUAAUUCUCUUCAUUGUUUUAGAAUUCUUAGUUUAAGUUCGUCUGAAGUUGAUAUUACUUUUCAAUGCGAAACUGAAGAAGAAAAAAAGGCAUGGUUUGAUAGUAUAAAUAAUGCAGCCCAAGAUGAAAGAAGCAGGUUAUUAACAUUAAGAAAUGAGAUUACAAUUAACUCAACUACUGUAUGGAUUCCUGAUGAAGAGGCAAAUGAGUGUAUGAGAUGUGGAACUCCAUUUACAUUGUUUUUCCGUAAACAUCAUUGUAGAAAUUGUGGAUAUAUAAUUUGUGCCAAUUGUAGAACUCGUUGUAAAGUACCAAAAUUAGGAAGGGUAGAUUAUGUAUGUCUUAAGUGUUAUGACGAGCUUCAGGUAGAAAAUAAAAGAAGAAACUCUCUCUCUUCAAAUCAACCUCAACAAAUAGUUAAAGAUACUAUUUCUUCCUCUGCUUUACCUGAACCAUCAAAACAAUUUAAUAAUCCUACUUCUUCAAUUAAUAAUACUAUUAAUCAAGAACCAACUCCUUCUAUUGUAAAAUCAUCUACUAAUGAUAUACAAAUAAAUAAACAAACCUCGCAUUUACCACCUUUACCAACUCCUUCUCAUCACAAAACAGAAAGUUGUCAAGUUCAAUUUAGCUUACCUUCUAAACCAUCUGAUUUGUCUUCUCAGUCAUUAAAAAAAAUUCAACAACCAUCACAGCUAUCUUCAUCAGAGCCACCUCACUCUUCUACAAUGAAACAAAAAUCUUUAAAACAAGACACUUCUAUAACAACACCUGAACCACUCGAUAGUUCAACUGAUAAAAAAGAAGUUCAACCAAUUAAAAGAGCUCAACCUUCUAUUCCUCAAAGACAACAAUCAAAUUCUAGUAUUCAAAAAACAAAACCUCAACUUCCUUCUCGUGGAAAUACAACCAAUCCUUCUUCAACAAUAACAAAUUCAAAACCUUUGGUCCCAAGUAGAACUCUCCCAAAAGUUAAUACACAAACAACAACACCAAAUGUUGAUGGAACACAACACGAAAAUAACUCAUUUAAAGAAAGACUUGCCAUGUUCCAACAACAAAGUUCUCAAACAGAAAAACCAACAUUACCAAUUAGACGUAAAGCGAAUCCACCAAUAAAUUAA